GUUCUCAGAUGUGUUUUUUGUUUUUUUAAAUCACUCCUUUGAACGCUUUACUGCUUGGCUGUCUCUGCCAACAAUGAUUCUUUCACAGAAGAGGAACGGCUCAGCUCUCCAGGAGAGCCCCGAGAAGCGCCCGCGACUGGAGAUCGCUGCGACGCACGAGGCUGAGUACUACAUCGAGCAGCGCUUGGUUGGUUGGAUCAUUGGAAAAGGUGGUUCCACACUGCGCGAAAUUGAGCAGGCCCAUGACGUCAAGGUGGUUGUGGACCAGAGCAGUCGCCCAACUCAAUCGUUGAAGAGUGGAUGCGGAGACUGGUGGCAGCAGUGGGACAGUCGACUGGGACUGAUGGAAUGACCAAGCAAAGCAGCAGGAUCUUCCGAAAUCGCUGACCUUCAGGGAACAAGCCAAUUCAGGGUCCAAGGUGAGAAUUCCACUUGUUCGAAGUUCACGGUCCUUUUUUUGUGGGGGAGGCUUGCUGGUCCUGGUGUUUUGGGCCAUACCGGCCUUAGGACUCCCUGAUCACUCCCUUAUCAAUCCCAACCGCAACCCCAUGACUCUCAGCCCUGUCGCAGGCUCGUUGCUGAUGGCCAGUCCGCUGAUGCUCGUGACUCGCUCGUGACUCCCUCCGGCUCCCUCCGACCUGUCCGACGCCCUCCGACUCGCACGGAGGCAAGGGUUCCGGCUUCAGCAAAGUGCUGAUCUCCGGGUCCAAGGCCAAAGUCCUGGAGGCUGUGGAGCACAUCAACAACUCAUUGUCCAGCGCUGGCCAAGCUGAUGCAAGCAAUGUACCGUGCUUGCUAGAUCGUCUCCCAGCCUCUGGUACCAUGAGAGAGGAGCUGCAAGUGAAGCAACGAUAUGUUGGCUGGCUACUGGGAAAAGCUGGUGCAGCCAUUGCAGACAUUGAGAAGGCCAGCGGUUGUCAGAUCUUUGUGAACCAGGAAACCAAGGGCCUCGGCUACAGCACGGUGCAAUUCAUGGGAUCGCCACAGCAAAUCUCGGAUGCGAGGCAAGCCAUCGAGCAGUCCAUCGACCGGGCCAAGGUGGCUCGAGAAGGAAGGGUCGCUGAGGAGUCCAUCGAGGUCGAGCAACGCUGGGUUGGAUGGUUGCUGGGCAAGAAAGGUGGCCUGGCAAAGGAGAUCGAACUGGAGACGGGUGCUCACAUCCUCAUCGACCAAUCCACCAGCCAACUGGGCUACAGCACUGUGGUCUUCUCGGGAACCGCGGACCAGGUGGACAAUGCGCGGGACCGGGUGAACGCUCACCUGGAGAAGGCAGGAGCUGCUCCAAUGGCAGCCAAGAUGGGGGCGGCUGUCCGUGCUCAAGCCGUCGCGGCGGCGGACUUCCCCCCAGUCGCCGGCGGCAGCCGAGGAAGCUCCAUCAGCACUCAGGUGACGGUCGAGCAGCAGUGGGUGGGAUGGCUUCUGGGCAAAGCCGGCGCCGCUGUCAAGGACAUCGAGGCCAGCACCGGAGCCAAGAUUGCCGUGAACCAGGACACCAAAGCACAAGGCUACAGUGUCGUUUCUCUAAGUGGCACGCCUUUGCAAGUACAAGCGGCUUAUGAUACGAUGACUGAGUCACUCAGGCGAGCUGGAGGCGCUUUGAGCGAGCUGCCCACCGCGACCGCCGCGGCCGCGCCGCUCGGCAGCGGGAGGCCUGGACGCGGCCACGCUCCGAAGGUCUUGUCCAUCCAAGGCACCAUUGGCCGGGAACAUGGCUUGAUUGAUGCUGUUUGGCAACUGGCAAACAGCCUGGUGGAUCAUGCCGGUCAAGACGCGCUCUGGCGGAUCUUCCCAUCGCUGCAGGAGGUGCUGGUGGCCAAUCCGGAAGUCGUCGAGUUGCUGCGCUCCUUGGUGCCUCUGAGGAGUGGUGAAAGACCUCAGCAGACGAACCAACCUGCGGAGAUACAGAUCGACCAGAAGAUGGUGGGCUGGCUACUGGGUGGCCGCGGCAAGACGGUGCAGCAGAUCGAGGAGGAAAGCGGCGCCAAGAUCCAUGUCGAUCAAUCCACCAAGGAGGCUGGCUACAGCAUAGUCCGUGUGACGGGGCCCGCAUCGGCGGUUCAGAUGGCCGAGCGAAGAAUAGAGGCCUCCAUCUCCAUCGCCGCGCGCAACGAGACCGCGAAAGCGCUGGAGUCGGGUGAAACGGCUGACAUGGAGGUGGAGCAACGGUUUGUUGGAUGGAUUCUAGGCAAGUCAGGAACGGUACUGAAGCAGAUCCAAGCUCAAAGUGGAGCUUUGGUCAGCAUCGAUCAGUCGACGAAGGAGCUUGGAUAUAGCCAAGUGCGAAUAUCAGGCACUUUCCAGCAGCGUUUGUUGGCCAGACAGUUGAUCGAGGACAAGAUCUCUGAGGCUGACCCAGAUCGAAAGUGAAGAUCAGAUGUGACAAGGCAAAGAUCCUCCGAA